AUGCCUGUUCGGUGGAAGAAUCUCAGGGUAGGACCGACAGACGUAAAUUUAUUCGUUCUCACUGAAGAUUUUCAUGGAAAGGAUGGCUUUGUGGGAGACAUAGCAUUGAGUCGGUUAGAAAAUGAACAGUACGAGAGAGAGUUAGAAGAAGAAGAAAAAGAUAAACAAGCUCAGCUUGCGAAGAGUUUAGCAGCAAACACCAAAAAUGUCACGGAAACAAUUAUCAAAAGGAGACACUGGGCAGGAAAGAAUGCAUCCAGAAAAAAAUUCAGAUCUCGAAAUCGCAUGCGACAUAACGGAAAGAAUAGAAGGAAGAGUAUGCAGCACAACCGACCAAAACGAGCAGCCACUGCCCGUCCAGAACGAUUAUGGGAUAGAGCUGUCAUUCCUUAUGACAUAGAGUCCAACUUUAGUGGUGAUCAUCGAGCUCUCUUCAAGCAAGCUAUGCGCCACUGGGAAAACUAUACUUGUGUCCAAUUCGUGGAAAAGGAAGAACACCCUAAUUAUAUUGUUUUCACGGAAAGGCCCUGCGGGUGUUGUUCUUUCGUGGGAAAGCGCGGCAACGGCCCGCAGGCCAUCUCCAUAGGCAAAAACUGCGAUAAGUUCGGCAUUGUGGUGCACGAGCUUGGCCACGUAGUCGGCUUCUGGCACGAACACACCAGACCGGACCGGGACAAACACGUGCAAAUCAUCAACAAGAACAUUAUGACCGGUCAGGAGUACAAUUUCAACCAACUGACGGAGGAGGAAGUGACGUCACUGGGACUACCAUACGACUACGCCAGCAUCAUGCACUACGCCCGCAACACCUUCUCUAAAAGUACCUACCUAGACACCAUUUUACCGCAAGAGGACCCUACGCAGCGAAAGAGACCCGAGAUAGGGCAGCGAGUUCGACUCAGCGAGGGGGAAAUUUCACAAACCAACUUGCUCUAUAAAUGCCCAAAGUGUGGCAAGACCUUGCAAAGCCCGAGUGGCACUUUCUCUUCCCCUGAUUAUUCCGCCUCCAGUCCGCCACCUGAAGGUGACCACUGCGAGUGGCGCAUCACGGCUACCCAAGGUGAGCGCAUCAUCCUCAAUAUCACCGAGAUUGAUCUCCACAAAUCAGAAAAUUGUGAUACAGACUACCUCGAAGUGAGAGAUGGAUAUUGGUACAAGUCACCGUUGCUCGGUAAGUUUACUUAUUUCUGUGUUUUUAGAGGAUUUGGAUUUGAAAAUAUUAAUUCAGUCCGAGAGUAUUGCGCAUGA